GGGGGAACCCUCGCUCGGCCCCGUAGCGGAGCGGGGAGGGCGCAUGGGGCAGGCAGAGCCCGACGCAGACCCCGCCCGAGCUGGCGGCACCGCCCUGCAGGCCCGCAGUUGGCUGUCCCGGAGGCCCGCCCCACCGUCCCGCCGCCCGCCGCCCGCCGCCCGCCGCUCGGCCAUCCGCCUGCACGGACAAGGGAGCCCGCCAGUCCCGUCCGCCGCCGUCCGUCCCGCCAUGGCUGCGCGCCUGCUCCUCCGCUCCCUUCGUGUCCUGAGCGCCCGCUCGGCGACACUCCCGCCGCCCUCCGCCCGAUGUUCUCAUUCUGGAGCAGAAGCACGUCUAGAAACUCCUUCUGCUAAAAAAUUAACUGAUAUUGGAAUCAGAAGAAUCUUUUCCUCAGAGCAUGACAUUUUCCGGGAGAGUGUAAGGAAGUUUUUUCAAGAAGAAGUGAUUCCCUACCACGAAGAAUGGGAGAAAGCCGGAGAAGUGAGUAGAGAGCUCUGGGAAAAAGCUGGCAAGCAAGGCCUGCUUGGCAUCAACAUUGCAGAGAAACAUGGCGGCAUCGGUGGGGACUUGUUGUCAACAGCAGUUACUUGGGAAGAGCAAGCAUACUCAAAUUGCACAGGCCCUGGUUUCAGCCUCCAUUCAGAUAUUGUCAUGCCCUAUAUUGCAAAUUACGGCACAAAAGAACAGAUCGAGCAGUUUAUCCCCCAGAUGACGGCGGGCAAGUGUAUUGGUGCCAUAGCCAUGACAGAGCCUGGGGCUGGAAGUGACUUACAAGGAGUAAGAACAAAUGCCAAAAGGUCUGGGAGUGAUUGGAUUCUCAAUGGAAGCAAGGUGUUCAUCACUAAUGGCUGGUUAAGUGAUCUCGUGAUCGUAGUGGCCGUCACCAAUCGUGAAGCUCGAUCGCCCGCUCAUGGCAUUAGCCUCUUUUUGGUGGAGAAUGGAAUGAAAGGAUUUAUUAAGGGCAAGAAGCUACAUAAGAUGGGAAUGAAAGCCCAGGACACAGCAGAACUAUUCUUUGAAGAUGUUCGAUUGCCAGCUAGUGCCCUACUUGGGGAAGAGAAUAAAGGCUUCUACUACCUCAUGCAAGAGCUCCCACAGGAAAGGCUUUUAAUUGCUGAUUUGGCAAUUUCUGCCUGUGAGUUCAUGUUUGAAGAAACCAGGAACUACGUGAGACAAAGAAAGGCUUUUGGAAAAACAGUCGCACACAUCCAGAUUUAUUUAUUUAUCAUUAUAUAUAAGUACACUGUAGCUGUCUUCAGAUACACCAGAAGAGGGCAUCGGAUCUCUUUACAGAUGGUUGUGAGCCACCAUGUGGUUGCUGGGAAUUGAACUCAUGACCUCUGGAAGAGCAGUCGGGUGCUCUUAACCGCUGAGCCAUCUCUCCAGCCCCAAACCUGAACUUUUUAACGUGCUUCCCCCCCCCCCUUCAUCUCAAGACUGUGCAGCACAAACUAGCAGAAUUGAAGACGAACAUAUGUGUUA